ACUGCGUGCAUAUAAAAUUUCGCAACAGCGGCUUGAAGCUUUAUUAUUUUAGUAGUAAUUAAAUGCACUAUGCUUGCACUCUGAACGGCAUCGGAAGAGCAUAAUAAUGAGCGUCAGCAUUGUGCAGUACUAUGGCAGCCAGCAGAGCAAGUGCGGCUACUGCGCGGGAGCGAACUGCAGCCUGUCACACGGUAUGCACGCCUAUCGGCUGGACUGCCAGGACUACCAGGACCUCAUCGAUCGCGGCUGGCGGCGGUGCGGCAACUACUGCUACAAGCUGCGCAACCAGGAGACCUGCUGCCCCUGCUACACGAUCAAAUGCGACGGCCUGGAGUUCAAGCUCUCCAAGUCAAACAAGCGCAUUCUGCGCCGCAUGAAUCGAUUUUUGCGCGACGGCAAGCGGGAGUCCAAACCGGAAACUGGCGACGGGGAAGCCGAUGCCGAUGACGCCAUAGGAGCACCCGAGGUCACGGCCAGCGAACCGCAGCCCCAGUUGCCCGAUAAGAGUCCCACUGUUAUCAAUGUCGAUCACGUUGCGUCGCUGGCAACAGCUCAGAAGAAGCCGACCAAACAGGCAACUGCUUCAGCGGUGGAAGCACCCACCCUGGGGUCCAACAAAUCGGCAGCACCGAUCUCAAACAAGCCGUGCAAGAAGGCCAAGCAGAUGCGACUGGAUCGUCGGCGAGCCAAGCUGGGAGAAGCGGCCUCAGUCUCAACGAAAUCCAUUUCCCAGGAGAAGACUCUUCGCGACUUCUUGCACUCGGACAGCGCGACUAACAAGCAUCAGCUAAAGAUCGUUUUGGUCGCUUCCUCAGACACAGAGCGUACUUGUGCCGAUGCAGUGAUCGCGUUGUAUCGCAAAUACCAAAUAACCAUUCACAAUGAUAACCCCGCACGCCUCACCCUAGCUAGUAUGCAGCGGUUCUUGGUUAAAUCACCUCUUAAGAAUGAGAAACCCAGCGAUGGUCCUGAAAUGGGCUACGGCUCGUUCCAUCAACAGUACUGGCUGGACGACAAGCUGAUUGCCGUGGGCGUUAUUGACAUUCUGCCCGGUUGCGUAAGCUCGGUGUACUUUUUCUACGAUCCGGACUAUAGCUUUCUAUCGCUUGGCACAUAUGGUUCACUCAGGGAAAUUGACUUGGUGCAAUCGCUCGCCGAGAAUGUACAUGCUCUAAAGUAUUACUAUAUGGGCUUCUACAUACACUCCUGCCCCAAAAUGCGCUACAAGGGCAAGUUGUCCGCCUCCUAUUUGCUUUGCCCGGAAACUUACAAAUGGCUAUCGCUUACCGAUGUCAUUCGUGCGAAGCUAGACGAACAUAAGUACCAACGCUUAAACGAAGAUCCUGCAGAUAAGGAUGUGAAUGAGUUCUUGGCGGAGCAUUUAGACGAAGUUAUGCUGCUGUUGGAUGCCCAAACCUGCACCGACUACAAGCACUACAAGCAGCUUCAGGGCGCAGACUGCGAUGUCGAUACAAUUAUUGAGUACAGCAAGCUGGUGGGAAAAGCGUGUGCCCGUCGCAUGCUAUACGUGAAUAUGUUGUGAAUGAUAUGCAACCACAGAUUUUAAUUUGUUUUAAAAAUAGUAGUCAAGUAAAGUUGCCAUUAUUUGGAUUUUGAAUUAUAUGCCUUUCGCACUAGCAAAGAUGUACUAGAUAAACUACGCUUGAUAAACAGCAAAGAUGUUAAAAAUAAACAAAGUUUUAAUAAUGGUCAUGCAUUCCAUAA